GGAGAGCAGACAUGGAAAGCCUGUGCUGGUAUAGCAGAUAUCACAAUGAAUCAAAGGUAAAGAUGUCUCAGGUGAAGCAGGUGGGCCUUUUGCCUGCUGGAUGUCAGCCCUGGAAUAAAGACGUGUGUGCCGCUAGUGGAGAUAGGUUUGCAUAUUGUGCCACACUCGCCAUAUAUGUGUACCAGCUCGAUCACAGAUAUAAUGAAUUUAAGCUGCGAGCGAUCAUGUCUGAACACAAGAAGACCAUCACAGCCAUAUCGUGGUGUCCGCACAACCCUGAUGUGUUUGCCAGUGCCAGUGCAGAUAACCUGCUCAUCAUCUGGAAUGUGGCUGAGCAGAAGGCAGUUGCACGCCUAGAUAACACCAAAGGUAUUCCAGCCUCUCUAAGCUGGUGCUGGAACUCAGGUGACAGUGUUGCAUUCGUAUCCCACCGGGGUCCUCUGUACAUAUGGACCAUCUCUGGGCCUGACUCAGGAGUCACAGUGCACAAGGAAGCCCACAGUUUCCUCUCGGAUAUCUGCCUGUUCCGCUGGCAUCCACUGAAGAAGGGAAAAGUUGUGUUUGGACACACUGAUGGGAGUCUGUCCAUCUUUCAACCAGGCUCAAAGAAUCAGAAGCAUGUACUGCGGCCUGAAUCGUUAGAAGGCACAGAUGAGGAGGACCCCAUCACAGCUCUAGAGUGGGACCCCCUCAGUACAGACUACCUGCUUGUGGCCAACAUGCACAAUGGCAUCAGACUGCUGGACACUGAGUCCUUAUCCUGCAUCACUACCUUUAGUUUCCCUAGUGCUGCGGCCUCUGUGCAGUGCCUGGCCUGGGUGCCCAGUGCACCUGGCAUGUUUAUCACAGGGGAUUCUCAAGUUGGCGUGUUGAGAAUAUGGAACGUAUCAAGAGCGACACCUCUUGAUAACUUCAAGCUGAAGAAAACCGGCUUCCAUGCACUUCAUGUUUUGAAUUCCCCGCCAGCGAAAAAAUCCUUUAGCUCAAAUUCCCCUUCCAAGAAUCAUUACACCUCCUCAACUAGCGAGGCUGUGCCUCCACCUACUCUCUCACAGAACCAGGCCUUCUCCCUCCCCCCUGGCCACGCUGUUUGCUGUUUUAUGGAUGGGGGGGUGGGACUCUAUGACAUGGGCGCCAAAAAAUGGGACUUCCUGCGGGACCUGGGUCAUGUUGAAACUAUAUUUGACUGCAAAUUCAAGCCAGAUGAUCCAAACCUUUUAGCUACAGCUUCAUUUGAUGGAACGAUAAAAGUCUGGGAUAUAAACACCUUAACUGCUGUAUACACAUCACCUGGAAAUGAGGGAGUGGUCUACUCUCUGUCCUGGGCCCCUGGAGACUUGAACUGCAUAGCAGGAGCCACGUCAAGGAAUGGCGCCUUUAUUUGGGAUGUGAAGAAGGGGAAAAUGAUCAUAAGAUUUAAUGAGCUGCAGCAUGGGAAGAAUGGUAUAUUUUGUGUCGCUUGGAGCCAUAAAGACUCCAAAAGAAUUGCCACAUGCAGUGGUGAUGGAUUUUGCAUAAUUCGAACCAUUGAUGGCAAAGUGUUGCAUAAAUACAAACAUCCAGCAGCAGUGUUUGGCUGUGACUGGAGUCAAAAUAACAAAGAUAUGAUUGCCACUGGCUGUGAAGACAAGAAUGUUAGAGUCUAUUACUUGGCCACCAGCUCAGACCAGCCACUAAAAGUCUUUGCGGGUCACACAGCCAAAGUAUUCCAUGUGCGUUGGUCACCACUCAGAGAGGGCAUUCUGUGCAGCGGCUCAGAUGAUGGAACUGUUCGUAUUUGGGAUUAUACCCAAGAUGCCUGCAUUAAUGUGCUGAGUGGCCACACGGCUCCGGUUCGGGGUCUGAUGUGGAACACAGAGGUUCCGUACCUUUUGACCUCAGGGAGCUGGGACUACACCAUCCGUGUCUGGGACACCAGAGAUGGCACCUGUCUAGACACUGUAUAUGACCAUGGAGCUGACGUCUAUGGUCUGACGUGUCACCCCAGCCGUCCGUUCACUAUGGCUUCCUGUUCCAGAGACUCAACAGUCAGACUAUGGUCACUCACUCCACUAAUUGCCCCCCUAAUGGUCAACAUCCUCACUGACCACAGCUGGGAUGACAUCAUUGGCAACACUGAUCGUGCAAUGGUGCCUGGAGCCCCUCCCCUCCUGUGUGGAAAAGUUUCCCGAGAUAUCAAACAGGAGCUGGAUAAACUCUCUAGUGAUGUGCGCAUGAAGAAGCUCCGAUGGUUCUCUGAAUGUUUCUCUCCACCAGGGGGAAGUCAUAACCUAUGGGACUUGGUUGCUGUAAUCAACGGGCAGGAUGAUAGUCUUCUCCCACAGAACUAUGGGCAGGGUAUAAUGCAUAUGAAACACCUGGUGCUCUUCAAAACUUCUGAAGCACAAGAACUGACCAUAGUAAAGAUGUCGAAGUUCGGGGGUGGUAUUGGAGCACCUAGUAAAGAGGAGAGACUAAAGAGUGCAGCAGAAAUCCAUAUCAGACUGGGUCAAAUCCAGAGAUACUGUGAGCUUAUGGUGGAACUGGGAGAGUGGGAGAAGGCUCUUUCUGUGGCCCCUGGUGUGUCCAUGAAAUACUGGAAGAAGCUCAUGCAAAGGAGAGCAGAUCAGCUCAUGCAGGAAGGCAAUGAUGAUGUCAUUCCAUACUGCAUCGCUACUGGUGAUGUGAAAAAGCUGGUGAAUUUCUUCACCUCUAGAGGUCAGCUGAAAGAAGCAGUGCUGGUGGCUCAGGGUGCUUGUGAGGGCAACAUUCAUGGAUCUCAGAUCACAUCAAUAAACCAUGCUGCAAAUUCAGAUAAUGAUAACAUAGAGAAGUACUGUGGGCUGUUGCAUCGAGUGUGUAAAGAGCUGGCUGAGUGGUAUUUUCAAGAUGGCCGUGCUGUGUUGGCAGCCUGCUGUCACCUAGCAGUAGACAACACAGAACUGGCAAUGACGUCUCUGAUCAGAGGCAAUGAGCUGGAACUGGCAGUGUGUGUGGGCACAGUGCUGGGAGAAUCAGCCAGUAAAGCCACCCACUAUGUUCUGGAGCUCUUGGCCAGAAAGUACAUGACCACUGCCACAUGCUUUCCAUCUGUGACAUACAGGGAUCUUGCGGCCAGAUUACUCCAGAUGAUCCCUGAUAAUGAAAUUUUGUUAGCCAAACUGUGUGCCUUCUACCCUGGCAGCUCAGCCGAAAUCAAUGACCUGCACGAGAAGUGCGGUCUACCGACUUUAGAGGAAUGUAAAGACCUUGCUAAGAAUGCACACGCUGAGGGAGAAAUCUUCCAAGCAGUAAAGUAUUACCUCCUGAGCUCAGAACCAGAAAAGGCUGUGCCCAUUGGCAUCUCAUUCGUCAAAGAACAGCUGAGCUCUCCUGACUGGACAGUGGACUCUAUGUACAAUAUUCUAGAUCUGUUGAGCUACAUGAGAACAGAUCGUCUUAUUCUCCCAAAGUGUAGUGAAGACCGCAAUGAGUUACUUAUUCUCUGUGGCUAUAUUGGUGCACUAUUAGCCAUUGGGAGACAGUAUUCAAGUAUAGUGCCAGCACUGUAUGAAUACACAAGUCAGCUGCUGAAAAGGAGAGAAGUGGCUGUGCCAUUGCAGAUAGAGCAGUUGUCUGUAGAGUUGGAGGCUUGGAGAGUCUGCACACAAUCCCUGAAAGCAGCAGAUGAGAGCUCAUACACCCCACCAUCUGAAGCCCAGAAAGUGGAGUACAACCAGCUGUUGAGUCGGAUGAGAGAGGAGCCAAUAAAAGGCCUAGAGGGUCCUGACUAUGUCACUGGCUCCAACUUACCCAGCCACUCUGAAGUCCAGAUCUCCUGCUUCACUGGCCUCAGGAUACAGGGUCCAGUGUUCUUCCUGGAGGAUGGCAAAUCAGCAAUUUCUCUAAAUGAUGCCCUGAUGUGGGCAAAGGUGAACCCUUUCUCUCCACUGGGGACGGGCAUACGCCUCAACCCCUUCUGAGCACAAACUGUGAGCAGUAUUAUGUCUUGUCUGGCUCUGGAAAGUCAGCAUCUGGUAGGGGGCAAACAUUCCCCAUCUCUCUCAGAGAGCUUGUUGUAUGUCAUAGAACAGCAGAAGUUCAUAAAUUGUAUUCAAACCAAUAUUUCUUAAAGCUUUGCCAUUUCAUGGUGUGCUUAUUAAUGUGCAGCUUGCAGAGUAUAUGCAAAGAAUCAGAUGACAGUAUUUAGGUUUGCAGUCAAUACUGUAGUCCAAAGAUUGUAAUUCUAGUUGCUGUUUAGUUGGUAUUAUCAAUGAUUAUUAUGAAGGUGUAGCAUUUGGUUCAUGCGAUCUUAUGAAUGUUUUGUAGAUCUUUUAUUUCAAGACUUGAGUACAGGGUAUUUAUCUGUGAAUAUUUGUUUGUUUGUUUGUUUAUUUAUUUGAUUUCAUUAGAGACAUGUUGUGUUUGCUGCAUUGUCACUGAAACAGUUAGGUCUGUAUACACAUUAUUUUUUAGUUGAACCAAAUAGGAACACUGAGAAUUCGAAACCUCAGUGGCUUUCCUAAAGCAUAUUGUAAUAAUCACUGUUCAAUGUUACGCCAUUUCAUUCAGGGAUCAUUAUGCAUGUUUAUUAUAAAGUAGGUCUGCAGGUUUAAUAUUCAUCUUAAUUAAAGGAAUAUUCCGGGUUCAAUACAAGUUAAGCUCAAUCAAAAGCAUUUGUGGCAUAAUGUUGAUUACCACAAAAAAUUAUUUCAACGACUCCCUCCUUUUCUUAAAAAAAAAAAAAAAAAGAAAGAAAAAGAACAAAAAAGCAAUAAUCAAGGUUACAGUGAGGCACUGACAGUGGAAGUGAAUGGGCUUAUAAUUUUAUAAAAGCAUUUGCAUUAAAUAGUCUGUUAACACUCAUAUGUUGUUUGAGCUGUAAAGUUGUUUAAAUCGUCAUUUUUACAGUCAUUUAAGAGUUUGUUUACAUUGCAUUGUCCUGGCAAUGAAGUUGUAAAAUUGGCUAUAACUUUACACAGAAAAGGUUAGUUUUUAAGCGAUUUUAUCACACUACAAUCAUGUUAACAUGCAUAUUGUUUACAUCUUGGUUAUAAUUUUGAAAUAGUGCAUAUGUUAGUGUUUACGGAUUGGUAAGGUGACCAGGUUUCUGAAAUUGAAAAAUCGUAUCUAUGUACUUAUCUAUGAAUUAAAAAAAGGGGGACAAUUCGGAUAAUAUGUACUUUGUCUAUGGUGAAUGUAGUAAUGUGAUGAACUAUGGUAUAUCACUGUUGAAUAUGUCUCAAUGAAAUUCUGUUAUGGUGGUAAAGUUGACACCUGCCCUUGGUCACACUCUUUGCAUCAGUCUUCUUAAUCUCUUCUAAAGUUCCUUCUCUUCUCCUCUUUUCCUUCACCUUUACCUGGCACUUUCCUAAAAGUAAGGCGGUAGGCUUCUAACUUGUUUGCUGGCAAACUGGCAGAGGAAUUUCAAAAUAAAUGAGCUCACUGGACUACCAUUUCCCUCAGCAUUACAACUGAAAUCAUAUGAAACACUUACACUCAUAUCCAGGGGCGUCGAUUCCAGGGGGGAUGGGGUUAGUAGAUUUAUAUCUAUUCAACAGUUAGUUCCGGUCCUCGAAUCUGAUUGGACGAGAGACAUUCCAUGAGCACUGAUGGUCUGACACCAUCAGCACUCUGAAGCUUCACAGUGUGUGUCACUCCACUUGUGUUCGUGCUGUUCUAAACUAAAGUAUAAGAGCAGUGCAGAUGUGUUAAGAGCUACAGUUUGUCUUUUUAUAACAUGUAUUUUUUUUUACACUACAUAUGUUAACCAGCAGGUGGUGGCAAAAGAUCAUUUUUAUGUGUAAUAUGAGACAGGUGACGUGAAGUGAAUCCGCUUCAGCCAGUGUUUACAUACAGCACUCCGUAAUCGCUUGUAUUACUACUACUAAAGCUAGGAAAUAGCUUUAAACGGCUUUAAACGACCAACUUCAGCAUUAUGUCUCAUCACAGCUGAGAGACACAAUAGACUGAUUAAUUACACAAACUGAAGGCGCUUACCUCUUAUCGGACUUUCCACAUUGGAGUGUACACACUGUUUAAAAUGGAGGACAUUGCGGUUUCUAUAGUGAUCGACUCUUGCGCAACGGCUACCGUGAAAUAGGUAGAAUUACCCCUGCUUGGACGGCUACUUUUCCACUGAGAAAGCUGAUCUUCAGAAAGCUGACAGCAUCUCUGCUUGGGUGUGGCAACAGGUGAUCGCACACGCUCUGUCUCCCUCUCUCUCUCUCUCUCUCUCACACAUAUACACACACACAUCCAUCCAUCCAUCCAUCCAUCCAUCCUUAUCCAAUAACUUGUUAGAAACAGCACAAGUCGUGAUACUAUUUAUGAAGUGAAAUUUUUGAAUUACUAACGAAGGCUUGGACGCAUCAUUUGGUUUGAACCAACAAUGGCAGAUUUUGAUCCGCCGCGUAAUAAAGUAGUUCCAUGCACAAAUGCGUUUUUAAGACCGUACUCAGUUUUUCCUAAUUGUUUUUUUAAUUUACUUGUUCAUUGAACUGUUGUAUAUAAGCAAUAUCACACUCGCAAUCGUGCUAUAUGACCCUAAAUCAGCACUGCUGUGAUUACCUAUGGCUGAAUCACAGCAGUGCCGAUAUAGGGCCAUAUCACACUCUUGCUCAUGUGAUAUUGCUUAAUCAUACCAUGAUCAAUGGAAACAUGUAAAUGCUUCACGUUGCAACCCCCUCAAAGUUUUAGCCAAAUCUACGCCCUUGAUUAUAUCAGGGCCUGAAAUUCAUUUCUGAAUGGCUGAUUGCCGCCCUUAGAUGCCUCAUAUUGUUGGAGAUUUUUACACUUUGUAGUCAUGACACAAAGACAUUAAAUAUUGUAUAAUUAUUAUUAUUAAAUUAUUUCACCUAACUGUUUCUAUCAGUUAUCUCAUAUGGACCUGUUUUUCUUAAUUAUACCUUUAUUUUGAUCAAAUCUUAUGCAUUAUGAUGCUUCUUUUCAGUCACUUGUUUUCCAGCAAGGCACAAUGUAAUCUAUACUGUAAUGUGCUGAUUUACAUUUAUUGUUGUUCUUUGAAGAUACUUUAUUAUGCAUUUCAUUUCUUUUUCCAUGUUAUUAAUGUCAUAUUCUUAUUUUAAAUGCAUUAAUUUUAUAUAAUACAUAAUAUAACUUAUUUAUAACAUAACUAGUAUGUGUCUCACCUUGAAGCUGAUAACAAUGAUGAUGAUUCUUUUCAAUUGCGCUUGCUCCCUGGUACUGUUCUUAAUGGCAAAACUGGCAUGAACAAGUAAUCAGUAAAGGAAGAUGAAUGACUUAAAGCUGCUAUAACGAGCAGCCCCCUCUGUUGGUCAAAAUAAACAGCACAUGGUAAACCUUGUUGCUGGUAGGCUUCAAUAGUGGCUUUCUUGCCAUGUAUUUCCACUUUGCGGACUGUUUUGAACACACAGUAAAAACGGGGACAUUUCCAAGGACAGCUCCUGUCAGGGACAGACCAUCAAAAACCAGAAAACAGGGAUGUCUGGUCACCCUACGGACUGGCCCCAUUCACUUCCAUUGAAAGUGCCUCACUGUAACCUCGAUUUUAGCUUCUUUUCUCUUUUAUCUCAAGAAAGAAAUGGAUGAGUCGAAAUAAUUUUUUGUGGUAACCUACAUUAUGUCACAAAGGUUGUCGAUUGAGCUUAACUUGUUUUGACCCAGAAUAUUCCUAUAAAUUUAGCAGCAUUAUGUACAGAGAGUGAAUAGAACAUAAAGCCUCGCUGUUAUUCUCAAAAUGUAUGUCUAGAAAAACAUAGGCAAUAAAUCUGAGAAAACGCACAAAUUAAGAAAGACAUUUCUGCUGAUACAUAGCUAUACGUUUGGAAUGUACUUCUGAAAUUAGGAAGAAAAAGACAAAAGUAUUUGUAUCAAUAUGGCAUAGUACAUUAGACAUACUGUAAAUAUUAAAUGUCAGGCAUUCAGGCUGGUAAAAUGUUAAAUUGCAAGCAUUGUCUUGGUUUUAAAAAAUGGUUUUAAGGAAUUAUGGAAAUUUUGGUUUUAUGGUAGAAAAUCCAGACACAGAGACUAUUUUCAUCAAAUUGCACUGUGAAAUGUAUUUAUUUGUAUAUAGACUUGUUCUAGAAAUAAUGUCUAAACUCCAAGCUAAAAUCUGUGUAAAUAACAUUAUGCAUUCACAACAAAGGGAAUAGUUAAACAUCACAAAUUGAUCCAGUAGUUGAGUCAGGCAUAGGACUGAGAAUGGGACUUACCCAAAUCCACCAAGUCUACAAGCACAAAAUCACAUUUAACUUGUUUAUUUUGAAUAAUGAUAUAUCAUAAAAGUGCAUGGAAAGUUAUGUAAGAAUCAGCAAGAUGUGUCACUCAAGCUUACCUUCUUUUUUGUGACCAUGAUUUGAUAAUUGCUAUUAAAAGAUCAAGUGACCAAGAAUAUUACUAGAAUAUACUGUAUUUUGUUUUAUUCUUAUGAGAACUGUAUAUCACUACUUCAGACAUUUUUCUUCAUUAAAAAACAUGAUUCAAUUAAAUUAGAAUUGGUUUUAAAUAAAAGAGCUGAUUAAUAUGAAUUUUGAAUCAAGGAGGACUGAAAUGUCCUAUUAGUUUACCAACUGCAACUGUAAUAACAAAGUGAACUUAUUUUGUAAUAAGUAAAUGUUAUUUCCUAAUUGCUUAUUCCUCAAAAGUAUAGAAAAUGGCUGUUAUUCCCCACAAAC